AUGGCCUCUCAACAAGAUAACCAAAUAAUAUUCAAGUCCAAACUUGCUGACAUAUACAUCCCCAAUCAUCUUCCCCUUCAUUCCUAUUGCUUUCAAAAUCUCUCUCAGUUUUACUCACAUCCAUGCCUCAUCCAUGCCCCCACCGGAAAACUCUACACCUACUCCGAAGUACAACUCACCUCCCGCAAAGUUGCCUCCGGUUUCAACAAAUUGGGAAUCCAACAAGGCGACGUCAUCAUGAUCCUCCUCCCCAAUUCCCCCGAAUUCGUCUUCUCCUUUCUCGCCGCUUCUUAUCUCGGCGCCAUAGCCACUUCAGCCAAUCCCUUCUUCACCGCGCCGGAGAUUGAAAAGCAAGCAAAAGCCUCCAACGCCAAGUUGAUCAUAACACAAGCAUGUUACUGCGACAAAAUCAAGGAGUUGUUGAACAACACUGAUCAUCGCAAACUAGUGUUGAUAGACUCUACCGCAGAUGAUGAUAAUAAUAAUGUCCACUUCUCAACGCUAACCGAUGCGGACGAGAAAGACUUGCCGGAAGCAAAGAUCCACCCUGACGACGUGGUGGCGCUUCCGUAUUCCUCCGGAACAACAGGCUUACCAAAAGGAGUCAUGUUAACACACAGAGGAUUGGUAACCAGCAUAGCGCAACAAGUGGAUGGAGAGAAUCCAAAUCUAUAUUACAGAAAUGACGAUGUGAUUCUGUGUGUUCUUCCUCUGUUUCAUAUUUACUCUCUCAACUCAGUUUUACUCUGUGGACUGAGAGUCAAAGCUACCAUUGUGUUAAUGCCAAAAUUCGAGAUAAAUGCAUUCUUGAGUCUGGUUAGCAAACACCGUGUGACGGUUGCACCGGUUGUUCCUCCGAUCGUGUUGGCGAUAGCAAAGUCACGGGAUCUUAAUAAAUACGAUUUGUCUUCCAUUAGAAUAUUGAAAUCCGGUGGUGCUCCACUUGGGAAAGAAAUGGAAGAGAGUGUUAGAACCAAAUUCCCUAAAGCCAUUCUUGGACAGGGAUACGGAAUGACUGAGGCAGGACCAGUGUUAUCAAUGAGUUUAGCAUUUGCUAAAGAAGCUUUGACCGUAAAAGGAGGCGCGUGUGGAACUGUUGUUAGAAAUGCAGAGAUGAAGAUUGUGGAUUCUGAAACUGGUAACUCUUUACCUCCAAAUAAAUUGGGUGAAAUAUGCAUCAGAGGCCAACAGAUCAUGAAAGGUUAUCUGAAUGAUUUGGAAGCAACAGAUAGAACGAUAGACAAAGAAGGUUGGUUGCAUACAGGUGAUAUUGGAUAUAUUGAUGAAGAUGAUGAAUUAUUCGUUGUUGAUAGAUUGAAGGAAUUGAUCAAAUACAAAGGUUUUCAAGUUGCUCCAGCUGAACUUGAAGCUCUUCUUCUUUCUCAUCCCAAAAUCUCUGAUGCUGCUGUUGUUCCAAUGAAUGAUGAGGCUGCUGGAGAGGUACCUGUUGCAUUUGUGGUGAGAUCAAAUGGUUACACUGACUUAACUGAAGAUGAAGUUAAACAAUUUAUCUUUAAACAGGUGGUGUUUUAUAAAAGAAUAAAUAAAGUAUUCGUCGUUGAUGCAAUUCCCAAGUCAGCCUCAGGAAAAAUCUUGCGUAAAGAUCUCAGAGCAAAGUUAGCAGCUUGUGUUCCAAAUUGA